AUGUCGCACGCCUUAAUGAGCGCCCGCGCGCACGUUACGAACGUCAUCCAAACCUCUUCGCGCAUUCGUAAGCGCUCGUGCACUUCAAAGCACUUUCCGAGUUUCAGGGCGGCGGCGGCGGCGUCGACAUCUUCCGCCGUGUGCGCGUCGUUCACCCCUCCGGGCGCUCGCGAGCACGACCGGGACUUGCUCAUCGUCGGUCCAGGGGUUCUAGGUUCGCGAAUCGCGAGGGUAUGGUUGGAGAAGUACCCAGGGGCGGUCGUUGUCGGGCAGACGAACACGACGAACGCGCACGCCGGGUUGACGUCCAUCGGGGUGUCGCCUCGGACGAAGGAUUUCGACGACGACGAGCCGAGUGCGAACAGGAUGUUCCCGUACGUUAUUUUCAGCGCACCGCCGAGCGGGAGCGACGAUUACGCGGGUGAGGUAGAGGCGGCGCUGAGGUAUUGGAACGGCGGAGGGGCGUUUGCGUUUACGAGCUCGAGCGCGGUGUACAAAAACGAGAGCGGCGACGCGUGCGAUGAGGAUAGCGAAACGUACGAUUUAGGAACGAACCCGCGAGUCGAUCGCUUGCUCAAGGCAGAGCGCAUCGUUCUCGACGCGGGCGGGGUUGUUUGCCGAUUGGCCGGUCUGUACCACUCGGACCGCGGGGCGCACAAGUACUUCAUCAAGACGCCUUCGAUCGACUCUCGCGCCGACGCGUUGGUGAACUUGAUCCACUACGAGGACGCCGCCGAUCUGUGCGUCGCCGCGAUGAACAACGGGUCGAAGUCUGCGGUGUACCUCGGUACGGAUGGGGUUCCGAUCACGCGAGGCGAUAUCGCUCGCGUCGCCGUCGAGAGCGGCGCGUACGGCGCCGACGCGCGCGCGCCGUCGUUCACCAAAACCGAGGGCCCGAUCGGUCGCGUCAUGUCCAACGACCGAACGCGAACGGCGCUCGGUUGGGCACCUAAAUACGUCUCUUUCGAGACCUUUAUGACGCGCGUCAACGCUCGCGACGCGUACUCGGCGUCGGAGAAGCGACCCGUCGGGUGGGCGCCAAAGGGCAGCGCCCACAUCGCGACGUGA